AUGAAGACAGGAGACAUCUCCCAAGAGUUGCACCAAUGUAAGCACCCCGACACCGCAACCACCUACAACAACCUGGGCCUUGUGUACUUCAGCAAGUGCCAGUAUGACCGUGCCAUUCACUACUACCAGAAGUGCCUGCAGAUCAAGCUGGACACGUUGGGGGAGAAGCACCCCGACACCGCAACCACAUACAACAACCUGGGCCAGGUGUACGACAGCAAGGGCGAGUAUGACCGCGCCAUCCACUCCUACCAGAAGUGCCUGCAGAUACAGCUGGACACGUUGGGGGGACAGCACUCGGAAACAGCUAGCACAUACAACAACCUGGGUGGUGUGUACAACAGCCAGGGCCAGUACGACCGCGCCAUCUACUACUACCACAAGUGCCUGCAGAUAGAACUGGACACGUUGGGGGAAGAGCAUCCAUCCACAGCAACCACAUACAACAACCUGGCCAGCGGGUACACCCGCAAGGGCGAGUGUGACCGCGCCAUCCACUACUUCCAAAAGUGCCUGCAGAUCAAGCUGGAUACGUUGGGGGAGAAGCAUCCCUCCACAGCAACCACAUACCACAACCUGGGCCACGUGUACCACAGCAAGGGGGAGUACGGGAAGGCAUUGACUGUGGUGCAACAAGCAGUUAGCAUCUGGCUGGACACACUUGGCCCGGACCACCCACACACCAAGAUGGGACAGCAAUCCUUGAUUGCGCUGCUUCUGCAACAACCUACUGGGCCAUCGACACAACAGCAAAAGUCCACCGCAACUCCCUCUGCUCAACAGCGACAACUCCCCACACAACGCAACCUCCUGCUUCGCUUCAUCUCCGCUCAAGCCGUCCACCGAUCCUCUGCGGCGCGUCGAAACCUGAUCCUGCGCUUCCUCUGCUCAGCACUGCAUGCACACAUGUCCCCAGCCUCUGCGGGGCGAGACUGA